AUGGACGCCAUAACUAUUUUUGGCAUGAUCUACUGGCUGAUCUGCAUGAUAUUGUUCGGGCCAUUAAUGUUCUUUGUCUCCGUUUAUCUGCCGGAAGUCCCCGUACGAUAUGUGAAGAGUCUGAGGCAGCAGACCUGAGUGCCUUUUCAUACUUUUUGACCGAAAUAUAGACGAGUCCGUGGUACAUAGAUUAAGACAAUGAUAUUGAUGUUCAAUCGAUCAACUUGUAAUCAAAUUUUACUCAAAUAUAUAUGCAGUUCUAAGA